AUGUACAAAGGUGCAUUCCGUGCAAUGUCCCCUUGUAGGUCUAGAAAGAAAUGGGGUCCCAUCUGGGAACUAAACGCCCAGAGAGAUAAAGAAAUCUGCUGGUUUUACCUUUUGAUGCCAGUAUUUCCUCGGAGACAGAAUCUCCUCAAUAGUGACAAAGGUAGUGUGGAGAAAGAUAACCAGUGCUCAGGCAGCGCUGCACGUCUAGAAAAGAACGCGCGCCACCUGGGAACGAAACGCCCGGAACUUAUCUUCCUCCAUGCCAAGGGUAGUGUGGAGAGUCUCUACCAGCCAUCCUGCAGCGCUGCACACUCUCGCGCAAUUAAUGGUCAUACUACUAGAGCACAAAGUGCCGUUCGCAAUCGCAAGAAUUGCCAGUGUUACAGUAACAAAGACUGUAGACACGAUACAAAAGAACGUGCGUGCGCAACUAUUUUCCUCCAUGUUGAGAGUGGUGUGGAGAGCAAAUUCAAGCCAGAAGGCAGCGCUGCGCGUCAGCCUACACCUUCCAGCAAGCUACACUCUCUAGACAGCGAACCACUGAAGACACAGUACGAGCGCAUUCGCGCAAUACCACUCGUAGGUCUGGCCUGGAAACUUCUCUACAACGGAAACGAAACGUCCGUGUAG